GGCUGAUUCCAUGGAAUAGAUCCAGGGUCUCUCUCUCUCUCUCCGUCAUCUACGCUACUGUCGGUGGGAGUAGAAAGUAGACCUCUCUCUCUCUCUCUCCUUCCUUCCGUGAAAGAAAGAAGAAGAAGACAACGAUCACAGACACACUCUCUCUAAAGUGAUCCAACUUAAUCACUUCAUAUUUUCCUUUCCGUCGGCGCUCUUCUCACCAUUUUCACCUAAAAGCAGCCAUCAGAACAGACAAUGGCUGUGGAUCCGAGACAGGUACUGGCGGGGAUUUUAACGGUGACAAUGUUCGUUAUGCUCGGGAAUAUGAUUAAGAGAGAUCAUUUUGAUUCAUAUGAAUCUGGCCAUGCAGAUGCAAAGGCUAUUGAGCAUAAUGUUAUUAGUCGAGUUACCAGUGGACCUUGGUUGGAAGAUGGUUCAGAGCUUAAGCCUUGCUGGAAGAAGCCUGUUGUAGAUGAUCCACAAGAAUCAGAAGGUUUUAUCACCUUCUCGCUAACGAAUGGCCCAGAAUAUCAUGUCUCACAGAUUGCUGAUGCAGUUGUUGUGGCAAAAUAUCUGCAAGCCACUCUUGUCCUGCCAGAUAUUAGAGGAUCCAACCCAGGUGAUAAAAGGAAUUUCGGAGACAUUUACGAUUCUGAGAAGUUCAUAACUAGCCUUGAAGGAGUUGUGAAAGUAGCUAAAAAACUGCCUAAUAAAGUCUCAACCAAAAACCUGGCUGUUGUAAGGGUACCAAACCGAGUAACAGAAACCUACAUAGCUGAAAAUGUGGAACCAAUUUUCAAGUCAAAAGGAAACAUAAGGCUAGCCACAACUUUUACUUCUGUCAACAUGAAAAAGAAUGAAGAGAAGAGCGAUUCCGAUUCAGUAACAUGCUUAGCCAUGUUUGGAACUCUUGAAUUACAGUCAGAGAUUCAAGAAGUGGUUGAUUCAAUGGUUGAACGUCUAAGAACUUUCAGUCGCAAAACAGACGGUCGAUUUGUUGCUGUAGAUUUGAGAGUUGACAUGCUUGAGAAAAAAGGUUGUCAGGCAAGCAGCGGUUCAAAAACAAAAAGCUGUUAUAAUCCUUCAGAAAUCGCAUUAUUCUUGAGGAAGAUCGGUUUCAAUAAAGAUACCACGAUUUAUUUAACUCAGUCCAGAUGGGAUAGUAGCCUAGAUUCUUUGAAGGAUUUGUUUCCCAAAACAUAUACCAAAGAGGGAGUGAUGCCAAUUGAUAUGAAAGAAAAGUACUUAUCAUACGAAAUAUCAGAAUACGAGAAGGUGAUCGAUUUCUACAUAAGUUCUCAGAGCGAUGUUUUUGUUCCAGCCAUAUCGGGUUUGUUCUAUGCAAAUGUGGCCGGGAAGAGAAUUGGUAAUGGUAAGCAUCAAAUACUGGUCCCAGCUAAUGUUGCUGGUUCUUCGGUAGCAGAUUUCGUAUCGCCUUACGUAUCAAAGAAGAAUCAUUUGGCGUAUUCUUGUUUCUGCUGAAAAUGUUUUGAUUCUCGGGUAUUGUUUGAUCUAUGAUAUGAUUUUAAAUUGUUUGAGGUUCUAGAGAAUUUGCUUAGUGAUGAUGGUGUUAUACUAGUUGUAAUAAUAUUUUUAUGACAAUGUAUUUGAACUUUGGCUUCAGAAAAGUAGUCAAAAGCUUCAUAGGCUGAAUCUUCUUCUUAUAUAUAUAUAUGAUGUGGUUUUUUUGUGA